AUGGCAGGUAAAAUUUUGAACUCUGUUCUAUUAGUUGGUGGUUCUGGGUUUUUGGGACUUCAUUUGAUCCAACAAUUUGUCACUCAUUGUCCCGGUAUAAAAGUCACCGUAUUUGAUGUUCGUCCUUUGCCGGAGAAACUUUCCAAAUUUUUCACGUUUGAUCCAAAGUCUAUUGAGUUCUUCAAAGGAGAUUUAACCAAUGCUGAUGAUGUGGCCGAUGCUAUACGAAAGUCGCAAUGCGACGUGCUCGUUCAUUCGGCAUCACCAAUGCAUGGACUAUCGCAAGACAUUUAUGAAAAAGUUAAUGUGCAAGGUACCAACAAUUUACUUAAAGUAGCUAAAGAAACUGGAAUUGGGUCAUUUGUAUAUACGUCAUCAGCUGGAGUUAUUUUCAAUGGUCAGAAUGUCAUUAAUGCUAAUGAAUCAUGGCCAUACCCUGAAGUGCAUAUGGAUGGAUACAAUGAAACUAAAGCUAUUGCCGAGACUGCCGUAUUGGAAGCCAAUGACCCUGAUAAUGGAUUUAGAACAGUGAGCUUGAGACCUGCUGGUAUCUUUGGCCCCGGUGAUCGUCAAUUAGUUCCUGGCUUGAAAGCGAGCGCCAAAUUAGGUCAAUCCAAGUAUCAACUCGGGGACAAUAACAAUUUGUUUGAUUGGACAUAUGUUGGAAAUGUUGCUGAUGCACAUGUACUUGCAGCUCAAAAGCUCUUGGAUGAAAGCACUAGAGAUAAAGUUUGUGGAGAGACAUUUUUCGUUACUAAUGAUGCACCAACUUAUUUUUGGACCUUGGCACGAACAGUGUGGAAGAAUGAUGGAGUUAUAGACCCAUAUUACAUUAAAUUGAAUAGGACGCUUGCCAUUGGAUUAGGAUACAUUUCACAAUUUGUAUCCAACUUUUUGGGCAAAGAACCCGGUUUAACUCCGUUUAGAGUUAGGGUUGUUUGUGCAACCAGAUACCAUAACAUCACGAAAGCUAAAACAUUGUUGGGGUAUAAACCUGCAGUGGAUUUGGAGACUGGUAUAAUCAAUACUCUCGAAUGGAUCAAUGAAAAGUUAUAA